UUAUUCUCUGACAGUGAUGUAUAGAUCCAUUGGUGGAGGGAAAUUCUGGCUGCAGAUGAAAUGCCCAGUUCAAGUAUAUCCAGGGCAGCCAACUCCACCUGCUACUGUGCCAACAAAACCCCUUCCAUAUGUGGCUUGCAAAAAUGCCAGUAUGACUGUGAUGUUACCAGACACUAAUCUUGAUGAGAUUACAGUCAAAGAUGCUUUUGGCCAAGAAGUGCAAGUGGACAGUGUGACAAGUUAUUGUGGCUACCAACUGGUUAGGAGUCAUGGAAAAAUAAACUUCACUAGUCUUUAUGGUGCUUGUGAUGUUUCCAUUGAGCAUGGCAACUAUGUUUUGACAGUAGGCUAUAAACUAACUCAUGGGCCAAAGAAGUAUAUAACCUUAAGAUGUCCGGUCCUCGUAGUGACCACAGACAGCUCUUCAGUAAUUUGCAAAGAUGAUGGCAUGAAUGCAGUCUUACCUGAUGGCAAUCUAAAUAAGAUCAAAAUAAUAGAUCUAUUUAAUGAAGAAUUGAUUGUGAACCAGGCUCCUGUGGAGUGUGGCUAUAGCCUAGUAAAGGGACAUGGAAAGAUUACUUUGACUGUCCGGUACACAUCUUGUGAUGUUACUGUGAAGCAUACUAUGUAUUGGCUCACUGUUCUGUACACGCCAGCUAAGAGUACAGAAUUGUCUCUGACCAUGAGUUGUCCUGUUGUGGCACCAAGCGUACCUACUACUACCACUGUCAUGACUCCCAGCAGUCAACCCACUGUGAUCUGUGGAAGCUCCAACAUGAGGGUGAUUCUGCCAAAUGGGUCUCCUGACUGGGUCAAUAUCAUAAAUACCUCUGGGUAUGAGGCACAGGUGGUGUCUCAACCAAGAAGCUGUGGCUAUUUACUGGAGAAAGGAUACAACUAUCUUUCCUUCACAACUUCAUACCAAGCGUGUGAUGUAAAAAUUUUGGGUAGUUUUUAUGUGCUCACUGUAAUCUAUGCACCCAAAGUUGGUCCUCAACUGGUAGUGAAUAUGAAAUGCCCAACUGCUUCUGGAGACUUUGGCUUCACCACCCUUCAUCCGCUAACUUCCCAGAAGCCCACCACUAUUCCUCCAUCCCCCAUUGUUUUCUGUCGAGCAACCAGCAUGAUGCUGGUAUUGCCUGGUUUGCACUAUGAAAUUCAAAUACUUGACAUGGCCAGUGGGGGAGUUCUGGUGAAUCGUUCGUGUGGAUACACAGUGACCAAACAUGAUGGAAGCCUAAUUUUAUCAGCUCUUUAUGAUGCAUGUGAUGUCAACAUUCAGCAUCACCAUUAUGUACUGACGGUGCUAUACAAAUCUGCUGGUAAUCCAUGGAAAUCUGUGACCAUGAGAUGUCCAGUUAAGGUACCAACAACUGCUCCACCUACAAAGCCUUCCACCCCAAUCUCUGUGACUUGCAGGGCUAAAAGCAUGAUAGCAAUACUACCAGAUGGGCCUACAGAUCAAGUCAAAUUAAUUGACUUGCUUGGUGAAGCAGUAUCUGUGAGCGCAGUUUCUCCAGAAUGUGGGUAUGUGCUGAGGAAAGUGAAAGGGAAGAUUGUUUUUACUGUUCCAUAUGACUCCUGUGAUGUUUCUGUUGAGGAGGGUGACUAUGUACUUGUGGUGUUUUACCAACCUUUUGGAGGCGUGCAGAUGUCCAUUACCCUUAGAUGUCCAGUUGGUGAUGUGAUACAGACUACAGUCCCAAGUCCUUUUACUAGUAAAAGUACCACACCAAGAUAUCAACCAACUUCCACACCCAUGCCAGCACCUGGUCCUUCAAAUGUGAUGUGUAGUGAAACUAACAUGAUGGUAACACUACCCAAGGCCUUGCUCAACAGUGUCAAAAUAAUUGAUAGAUUUCACCAAGAAGUAGCUGUGGCAAAUGCUUCAGUGAGCUGUGGGUACAAGCUUGUGAUAGGUUUCAUACAUCCUGUAUUCAUAACUCCAUAUACAGCUUGUGAUGUACGCAUUGUGGGUGGCUUCUAUGUGCUGACUAUCUAUUAUACAACUGAAAAUGGGCAGCAAAUGAAGGUGUAUAUGAAGUGUUCCACCUCUUCUGGAGAUGCUGGGUUAUUUACAUCCAUCCCUCCUACUAGUGUAGUGAAAAGUACACCCAGUGCACCUCAUAUUACCUGUAACCCCUUCACAAUGAGUGUGAUGCUUCCUGGAGGCUCUCAAACAGAUGUUUUUAUUCUAGAUAAUAGUAAUGAAGCAGUGCCAGUUAACCAGCUUCCUUCAAGGUGUGGUUAUGUGCUCAGAAGAAAACCUGGAGGCCUCCUCCUGACUGCACAAUACACAUCUUGUGAUGUCCGAAUUAAGAAUCGAUUCUACAUCCUGAGUGUGCUGUAUACACCUUCUGGUGGAGUUGAAACAUCUGUGACCAUGCAAUGCCCAGUCCUUCAACCACCAACAACCACAUCGACCACUACAACCAUGCCAGUGACGCUCAGUAACCCUUUAGUGAUUUGUCAAGAAUUCAGCAUGAAAGUGAUAUUGCCUGCUGGGUUGCUUAGUCAAGUUAAAAUAACAGAUUUCUUCAAUCAAAGUAUGGCUGUGAACCAGGCUCCAAAUGAGUGUGGCUAUACGCUAAGAAAAGCAGGUGGAAAGAUCAUUUUCAGCACUCCAUAUAACGCAUGUGAUGUGUAUGUUCAGUAUAACAGAUACAUCUUGACUGUGCUAUACCAACCUUAUGGACAUCCCCAGAAGGCUGUGACCAUGAGCUGUCCAGUUGUUGAGCAAACGCAACCCACCACUGCUGCUACUACUACUAUCACUACCACAAAACCUACAACUUCCAUUGCUCCACCCAAAACACUUUGCAGAGGGUCUAGCAUGAUGGUGGUUCUACCAGGCGGUGCCCCAGAAAAUGUUAAAAUAAUAGAUAAACUUCACAGAGAGGUGCCUGUCAUUACUGCACCCAAAAGCUGUGGCUACACACUUGUAAAACAAUACAAGCAACUGGUCUUUGCCUCCUUAUACACGGCAUGUGAUGUUCAAAUAAAGGGUGGCUUUUAUGUUCUUCUGGUGGUCUAUAAAACUCCAAGUGGUGCAAAAACAAAGGUUCCUAUGAAGUGUCCUACUACUGGAUCCCUUUUUCCAACUACACUAGCUCCAACUAGCAGCAUUUGGACCACACCUAGUGCUCCUAUUCUGAUCUGCAAAGCUUCAAACAUGAUGAUGUUGCUUCCAACGGGCUCCAUAAAUGAUGUCAAAGUAAUAGACCAGAAGAAUGAGGCAUUGCCUGUGGUUCAGGCUCCUAGAGACUGUGGGUACUUGCUGGAGAAAAGGCCGAUCAAUCUUGCCUUUUCUGCCCUUUAUACCUCCUGUAACAUAAGAAUUUUGAGAAAUAAUUACGUUCUGAAUGUACUGUACACACCUUAUGGGGGUAUGGAGAUGUCUGUGACCAUGAGAUGCCCAAUCAAAGUACCCACACCUACUAAGAUGCCGUCUACCACCAGCACACUUACCACAAAGGGUUUUACUCCCACUGUAAUCUGUCGCAGUUCUAGUAUGAUGGUCACUUUGCCUGAUGGCUCUCCACAGUCUGUUAGUGUCAUAGAUGCUCUUGGUGAGCAAGUGGCUGUGACCCAACAACCUUCAAGCUGUGGAUAUACAUUGGUAAAAACCAGAGGAAACCUGCAGCUCACUGCCCUUUAUCAAGCGUGUGAUGUGCAGAUUUUGGGUGGCUCCUAUGUUCUUGAAAUAAUAUACCAGCCUUCAAGUGGACCAGCAAUAGCUGUCCAGAUGGAAUGCCCAACUACCUUUGGGGAUUAUGGGCUGACUACGAUUACUACUAUGCCCUCCAGAACCACAAUAUUCACGGUCUCUAAAAAACCUACUGUGAUUUGCAGCUCUACCAGCAUGACAGCAGUGCUUCCAGAUGGCUCUUUUGAUGCUAUUCAGAUAAUAGAUCUUGCUCAUGAAGUGAUUCCUGUAACACGGACGCCGCAAGGGUGUGGAUAUGCACUAGAAAGAAAGCGAGGAUCUCUCUUCUUUGUUGUUAAAUACACAGCAUGUGACAUCAAUAUCUUGAACAAUAAUUAUGUCUUGACUGUGCUGUACAAACCAACUGGAGGGUCUAUAAUGUCUUUGACAAUGAGUUGCCCAGUUGGUGUCCCAAUAACUACUAUGACCACUACCCUCUCCAAGCCUUAUAGCCCAGGCCCUCCUGUGACCUGUGGAGAGUCUAGCAUGAGUGUGGCCUUACCCGAUGGACCUCUAGAUCAGGUGAAAAUAGUAUCUUUCAAUGAAACGGUUGCUGUAUACCAGGCCCUUCCAGAAUGUGGCUACGUUUUAAGGAGAGUUAGGAGAAAGAUUGUCUUGAAAGUACCCUAUGAUGCAUGUGAUGUUUAUAUAUGGCACAAUACUUAUAUUGUGACGGUGUUAUAUGUGGCUGCUCAUGGAGUUCAGAGCCCUGUAACCAUGAGAUGUCCAGUAAUUAAGCCGUCUCCUCCAACAAUCACAACGUUCACUAGGAUAACCACACAUAUCCCUUCAAGUGCUGUGAUUUGCAAAGGAUCUAACAUGACAACUAACCUCCCUGAUGGUGAUUUGGAAGAGGUUCAUGUAAUUGAUAAACAUUACAAGGAAGUGGUAGUAGUUACUCGUCCUAAAAGUUGUGGCUACAUACUGGGGAAAAGAAACCAUCAACUGUCCUUCACUGCACAAUACAAAUCUUGUGAUGUCAGAAUUUCUGGUGGCUUCUACUUGCUUACGGUAAUUUACAAGGCUAAAAGAGGGUCACAAAUGAGAGUGCAAAUGAGGUGCCCAACAACUGGUGCCGAUUUGCCAGACACUACUACAACCGCAACAUCUGCAAUCAAGCCUUUGCCUCUCCCUAUAGCUUGUAAAUCUUUAAGCAUGAUGGUGGAACUUCCUGUUGAAUCACUCAAGGAUAUUCUGUUAAUUGGCAAGUAGCAGCG